AGACUUCAGCGUUUAAUGGGAGCCGGUGGUGGUAUGGGAGCUGCCCAGCCUGGUUUGGACACUCCCACAGUCGAUACUGCUGAGAUGGUGUAUAUUUCUUCGCUAGCUCUUUUGAAGAUGCUCAAGCACGGUCGUGCUGGAGUGCCUAUGGAAGUCAUGGGUCUUAUGCUUGGUGAAUUCAUUGACGACUAUACUGUCCGUGUAAUUGAUGUGUUUGCUAUGCCACAAAGCGGAACUGGUGUUUCUGUCGAGGCUGUUGAUCCUGUAUUCCAAACCAAGAUGAUGGACAUGCUUAAGCAGACUGGAAGACCAGAAGUAGUUGUAGGAUGGUAUCACUCUCAUCCUGGAUUUGGAUGCUGGCUAUCAAGCGUUGAUGUGAAUACACAACAGAGUUUUGAACAGCUCCAUCCACGAUCGGUUGCAGUAGUUGUAGAUCCCAUUCAAUCUGUUAAAGGCAAGGUUGUGAUUGAUGCGUUUCGUCUAAUCAAUCCACACUCUGCUGUUCUUGGUGCUGAGCCUCGUCAGACUACAUCCAACGUCGGACAUUUGACCAAGCCCAACAUGCAGGCACUGAUCCAUGGCCUAAAUCGCCACUACUACUCGAUGGCGAUCAACUAUCGUAAGAACGAGCUUGAGCAAAAGAUGCUCCUUAAUUUGCACAAAAAGACAUGGACUCAUGGGUUGACUCUCAAAAACUUUAAUACUCAUUCUGAAAGUAAUGAAAAGGCAGUCAAGGCAAUGCUUUCACUAUCUGAAGCCUAUAACAAAUCUAUCCAGGAAGAAAUGUCCAUGACACCAGAGCAGCUCCUGACACGCCAUGUAGGUAAACAAGACCCUAAGCGUCACUUGGAGGACAAAGUGGAAGCGUCCAUGUCAAGCAACAUUGUUCAGUGUCUUGGAUCUAUGCUCGAUGCAGUUUCGUUUUAAAAACAAAGAAUGAAUUACGGCCUGAAUGUUUGAAG